UACAAAAAUAGACGUGCAUACACAUAAAUACAUACACAGAAACAUGCAUAUACAAACAAUACAUAAAUAUAAGCGAUUCGCGAAAACAUAAACCAUGUAUGUGUAUUUAUGUAUGUGAGUGAGUAUGCGUUGGAGUCUGUUUUACAGUUCAACUCGCUCGUCGACAUGAAAGACAAUGAUUGUACGUAUAUGCGAGUGAAUGUGCGACCGUGUUUUACAUUGUUCAACUAAAAGAAAUUAGAGAAAUAUAAAAAAAAAAAAUUACGGAAAUAAACGAAUAGUUUCAGUUUUGUGAGACCAUCUCCGAAGGAUCGCCAAAUUGUGCGUAUAAUGUUAUCUGUAGAUCUAACGAUCAUGUCGUCUAGUGCAGAAAAAUAAAAAUUUCUAACACAGGUACAAGACUACAAUUUUUUUAAAGAGGACUUGUAGUUGGUUAAAUCGAUGUCAGCACUUUAUCAACUUCAGAAAAUAAAAAAAAUAAAAAGAGGCAACCUUUUAGGAGUUUGAACUCAAAGCAUAACUAGACACAAUCCAUUGCUACAUGGAAUAUAUCCCUACCAACGCCUCCACUGGUUACGCUAUUCCAUCAGUCUGGUUUGAAAAAAAUGGAAAAGAAAAGAAAAAAAAUAAUAAUUAGGAGAUGGUGUUAGAAUGAAGACAGUAUGAAUUACCGCCCCUUGCUCUCUCAAUGUGACAACACGUGCGAGACAAACAUGGCAGCCAUUGAGAGAAUGCGAAAUUCCAACGAUUCCAUAUCACAGAUCGCCUCCGUACUGCGCGAUCAGAACCAACCGCUCACAGAACGAUUUCGAGCCUUGUUUACCCUUCGCAAUCUUGGUGGAAAGAAAGCCAUCAAUGCAAUUGCAGGUACUUUCUCUGACCCUUCGGCACUGUUGAAACACGAACUAGCUUACUGUCUUGGUCAAAUGCAGGACGAUUACGCUGUUUCGAUCCUCACAGAAGUACUUGAAGACGAAAACCAAGAAGUAAUUGUGCGGCACGAAGCAGGUGAAGCUUUGGGUGCAAUUGGAUCAUUAUCUUCCAUCAAAGUUUUGAAAAAAUUCGAACACAAUGAUAUCAUUGAGCUUGCUCAUACGUGUCAAUUAGCCAUACAACGAAUCAGGUGGUUACAUGGCUCAGAUCGUCACAAGAAAAACUUGUCCAAAAAUCCAUACAAUUCUAUUGAUCCUGCACCACCUGCUGAAUGCCAAGACUUGGUGAAAUUGGAGAAGAUGCUGCUGGAUGAAUCACUGCCUAUAUAUACUCGUUAUCGAGCCAUGUUCUCUCUCAGGAACAUGCAAACGGAUGAAGCAUGCUUAAUUCUUGCUAAAGGUAAGGAAACUCUGAUACUAGAUUGAACUUUCAGAUGUAAG